AUGGUAGGGAGGCAUCGAAGCGCUCGACAGCGUCUCUGGGAGGCAUGGAUUUCGCUUCAAGUGGAGUACCAAGGCAGCUAUUCGAUGGAGCGGAUUCGACAGCUUGGAUUCUACAUGACUGGCCUCCAUAAUCGACGAAUUCUGCUGGCUUGUGUGCUGACUCCAAUGCCGUGCCUCGUGCUGAGCUUUUUACAAAAUGGAGUUUUCUUUGCCCGAGCAUGGGUUAUACUCUGCUUUAUGGGUGCUUCGGCGCUAGUCCAGAUGGGCCACGGAGCGCCUCGUCUGCAGUUGACGAGGUUCCAGAUAACUUGGGUUUCUAUACUGGCAGCUACAGCUUCCAUCUUGUUCAUAUUCGGUCUCUGCGCUCUGACCGUCUUUCCGCUCCCGUUUGGCUUACUUAUCGCCGGUCCACCUUUCGUUAUCGUGAUUGCUAUUUGCUUCACAAACAUCUCUGGAACCCAGUGGAGAAAUGAUCCUUCGACCUUGGUGGAUGUCAAGAGACAGCUCGUCGUUUACAACUGCCAAACUACGCUUCCUUUUGUCUACCCCUUGUACAUAUUGGGUUUUGUAUCGCUUACCGGCAUGCAUCAAGUAGUUUUCGUCGCCCCGUGCACUUGCCGAUGA